UUCGCUUUCUAGGUUCACUCGUGUUUCGACAAUCGUCGUCAGUUGUCAGUAUCAUCGUCGAUAUCAAGUGUCAUUUGGUAAUCGACAUUGACGACUCGUCAGCUGAUUACGUUUGCCUCUGCAACACUACAUUACGAUUAGGAAAGUCUGAUUUAAUUAAAAUUUCAUAUUCUCGUCUCUAAGGAGGAUAUUUAUACAACAACAGGAAACAUGUCUACUGAUGUAAAUAUGCAGGCUGAGAAGCACAAUGAAGAAGCAAGUGUCAAUAAGACCGAAGAAGAAGAUGGCAGAUCAUCUAAAGACAUGCAUGUGCAAAAUGGUAGUCCCGUUUAUGGGGGCUGCGAAGGACCAAACGCAAUGUAUGUGAAACUGGUCAGUAGCGAUGGCCAUGAGUUUAUUGUUAAACGAGAACACGCGUUAACGAGUGGUACUAUCAAAGCAAUGUUGAGUGGUCCUGGUCAAUUUGCAGAAAAUGAAGCUAAUGAAGUUAACUUCCGAGAAAUUCCGUCUCACGUAUUACAAAAGGUCUGCAUGUACUUCACUUAUAAAGUACGCUACACAAAUAGUAGUACAGAAAUACCAGAAUUUCCUAUUGCACCUGAGAUUGCUCUGGAACUAUUGAUGGCCGGCAAUUUCCUAGACUGCUAAACAUCAUCUAUAGAAGUGUUUCAGCUUUUAUCGGCAAUUAAAUUAUAGGAAUAAUGCAGCUUUCUUUAUUAUGGUAAUUUAUGAUAUAUUGUGAUAUUUGGAAAACCGUAUUGGAGCAUAAUAACCACUUUGAACUCUCAUACUUGUGACAUGAACAUUUUAGUGCGACGAGACAAUGCAAUGUCAAAGUUUUAUAAUUACGAUACCUAAAUAUUCCACACUUGUGUUAUGUUUCAUAAUUCAUAUAAUCGUAAAGACAAUUGUGUAACACUUAAAAUAAUUACCGAUAAAGGAUUACUACUUACAAUCUUCUAGCAAUUCA